AUGCUCCUUCUACUCGCUACGUCAUUAAUAGAAUACAUUGAGCUGAGCACUGUGAUUGCAGUAAUCAUUAUUAUAUCAUGUGGGUAUUUAUCAUUCCGGAUAUCUUCUCGAAGACCAUUAUAUUAUAAUCUAUUCGUCGUUGAAAUGCACACGUGGACGACAAGGCGAAUGGUUCAGGUGUUACAUCUGGGUCAAGAAUUCGCAUCACCCAUCACGUGGGAUCGAUUAGUUCAAAGAAUGCGUGCAAGAGCUCCACGUAUUCAAGGAGAGGAGAGAAUGGCGAUUUCCGAUACAAAUAUUGUAAUACAGUCACCGAAUACAGUAAUCGAUUCGCCGGCUCCUGCAAGAUCCCCAGAUGUUGAUCUGAUAACAUUAUGGGACAUCGAAAUGCCACCACCGGGUGCUGGUCACGUGCCUGAUGCCACAAGGGACAGUCAAUACGCGGCGGCGGCAGCUAUUGCUAUUUUAGCAAGAGGAGAUGACGCCACAUUGAUGUCUCGAGUGUUACAAAACAAUCAAGCGCUUCAAAAUAGUAUUGAAAUGUCGCCGCCUUCCGGAGAGAGAAGAAAUGGCCCAUCAAGACUCGAUUACGUAACAACAGAUGUAACUUAUACAACACCUUCACUGAAUCCACAUAUGCAGCAUCAAGUAACAACGACAACAUCGAAUGUGACUCAAACUCAAGCACCGAGAAAUGAAAUAAUUGGUCCACUUCCUGACGAUGAUGACGACUAUCCCCCAACUUAUGAAACCACUGAUGACGAUGAUGACGAUUCAAGUGUUGUCGUAAUUGAUGGUUCAAGCUGGGCAGGAGAGGGAGAACGACAAGACGAAGAAGGAGACGAAUCUGAUGCGAAUGUACCGUUAGUACCAACUGAAGAAGAGAGAGAACAAGUCGAAAGACAAGAAGAAGAAGAACGAGAGCAAAGAGCAGAAAGAGAGGCGAGAGAAGCAGAGAUGGCAGUGCUGGAAGGUCCUUCUGAAGGGAAAAUUUUGAUUCGAUUGAAGUUUAUGAACGAUACGGAAAAGGAUACGUAUGCUUCAUUGAUGGAUACUGUAGCCAAGUUCAAAGUGGAUCACUUCACGGAUCUUGCGAAUAAAGUUAUCCGAUUGAUUUAUCGAGGACAACUUCUGAGAGAAGAUCACAGAACUUUGGAAUCAUAUGGACUGCAUGAGGGAUGUGUAAUGCAUUGUCAUAUCAGUAUGACUCCAUAUUCAACUCCUGGAGUAGCUACACUCGCGCCGAUUGUCAAUGACUUUGCACCACCACGCCGUCGUAUUCGAAGAUCCCAAAGAGCUCCAAGAGAUCCUACACCAACUCCACCCCACGAAGUUCAACCAGUUGUGGAGAGAACGAGAAAUGAAGAUUUUGCGAGAAGAAGAGCUGCUCAAGACAGAAAUGUGGGACAGAUCUAUCUACUUCUCUCCACAAUGGUACCGAUUCUUUCGGGUAUUGGACUCGCCUUUUUUCGUCCGGAUCGGAUUAGAGAUCUUCUUCGACCUGCUACUCUGUUGACAAUAAGUCAAUGGGUGUGUAAUUUACUUGUGGAUAAUGGACUGUUGGAGCAAGAUGAUGACGAGCCGGACUCACAUUAUCAGGCUUCAACAUUGUUUUGGAUUUUUGGAGGCCAAAUGAUUGCCGUUACAGUAUUCCUUUAUUACUUUCCCGAUUUAUUCCAUCGUCUCGGACUCGCUAUUUUCUGCAUCUUCUGCCUCUAUUUCGUAUUUGUUGUCUAUUCACUGCAACGACGACGUCAGCCAGAUGCGCAGUCACAGAAUGAGAUGAUCGAGAAUCAGAUUGUUCAGGAGAGCAUCAGUCUCAUUUGA